AUGCCUGAUUAUUCGUUAAACGAUCCCGUGUUUGUUAACCGCGAAGGCAAAAAGCUGGAAGGUGUUGUGGCCUUUGUUGGGAAGGUCGAGUUUGCCGAGGGCGAUGACUGGGUCGGAGUCCGCCUGACAGGCAAGAGUGCUGGCCAAGGCAAGAACGAUGGAACUGUAAAGUCACAAAGUUACUUCAAAUGCCCUGCCAACUGUGGCCUUUUCAUUCGAAAGGCAGCGGUGGAAUCCAGAAAACUGACAAAGAUCGAGGAGCUCCGUCUGCGGCGUGAACUGGCGACAUCAUCUUCUUCCUCCACGGCUUCCGCUACUAGACGAGCUUCCACGGCUUCCCCUGCAGCGUCUACCCCCACUGGAAGACAGUCUCGUCUGGAUGAACUGCGUCAGCGCAGAGCUACAAUUGGCACGGACCGUGACGACAGCAGUGCGGCUCUAGAUCAAUUGAACGAAAAACUAAAUGCAAAGGAUGAAGCAUUGGAUUCGAUGAAAGCAACUUUGGCUUCGGUCGAGAAAGAGCUAGAAAGUGCCAAAGAAUCGGUGAAAAAUCUUGAAAGUGAAAAUGAAGCUCUACAGCAAAAAACCAAGGCGUCGUCUCCACCUCCCAGCAAAGAGGAAGCAUCCAACGAGCCUGAACCUGAGACCUGGACCAGAGAAAAACAGAUUUUGGAAGAGCAAGUGAUCCAAUUCGAGGGAAAAAUAAAAGAGUUGACAAAGCAAAUGGAAAAGCAAAAAUCAGAGCACAGCACGGAGGCUACGCAACUCAGAGCCGAAUCUUUGGCAUACAAAAAUGAGUUGCAGGCUCUGUCUGAGCAAUCCAAGCAAAAGGGGGUCUCCGAUACCUCUCACUACAAGGAAAAGGCUGUUCUCCAAGCUCAGAUUGCGGCACUCAGGAGAGAAGUCCAAGAUCUCAAAAAUGAAAGAGUAGAAAUUGAUUCCAAUCUGGAAGACCUUGCGUUGGACAAGGAGCAAUUACAGGAAGAAAAUGAAGGGUUGUCUGAGAAACUUGACGAGAUCAAGAUUGACGCGGAAACCGCUCAAAUGGAAGUAGAAGAACUCAAGAUGGAGCUUGAAGAGGCCAAGGCUGCUGCGGAACGAGCAGGGUCUUCCCUGGAGAUGAGUACCGCCGCGGCUUCCUCUGGUGGCGCCAGUAGUGCACAAUCCGAUGACAUGGCACAGGCAUUGUCCAUUCAAAAUGCUCGUUUGAGGGAAGCUCUGAUUCGCCUUCGAGAGCAGUCGUCAGUUGAAAAGAUGGAGCUGAAUCGAAAAAUUAAGGCAAUCGAGAAGGAGGCAGAAGCAGUAAAAGGACAGGUCAAACAGAAUGCUGACAAGGAAGGACUACUGGCAAAAUACCAAGAAGAAGUCCGCGAGCUAAAAGAUAUGGUGGAUCAGGGUGCUGUGUUUGAAGGAAUGGUGGAGGACUUGUCUGAUAAAGUCAUGGAGAUGGAAGAACGAAAUGUUUCUUUGGCAACUACAGUGAGGGAACUCGAAGAAGCUGCAGAGCUAACAAGUGAGAUGGAAGAAGUGCAAGCUGAGGAGCUGAAAGCCAUGAAUAGAGAUCUGGAGGAUCGAGACACUGUGAUUCGAAAUCUGGAAGAGGCAAUCAAAAUGCAGAGGAGGCGCGAAGAAGAUUUCAACCGCACAGUUGGAAACUAUCGCAGCACUGUGGAGACCUUGAAGAGGGAGAAGGAAGCCCUCAUGGAGAUGCAACAAGGUGGCGAAGGAGAAAAGAGUAGCUUGCUCGCUUCGUCACAAAAGGCGCUAGCCCGCGCUGCCCAACUCGUUCAGGACGCAGCCGAAAUGAGAAAGAAAGAAGCGUUGGCAGCCUUGGACAAAGUUGAAGGACAAGCCCAAAAGCACAUGGCUGGCAGACUGGAACGAUUGCUCCCGAAAGGUGUUGCAGGUUCAGAGCUUGCUGCAAUCAGGGGAGAACUUCUGGUGUCGAGUGUUGCUGGGCUUGCCGCCAGUGCACUGGAUGGCAUUGCAUCGUCAUUCCACAAAAGAUUUCGAAACGUCCCCGUGGACACGGAACCGGCCUCAGGAUCCGACGAAAAUGAAAACACUUUGCAACUGUCCGACGAGAGCAAGCAGGACUUGGCGAACAUGAUUCAUCAGUCCGAGUGCGCCAACGUUCUUAUUGGUACUGGUUCAGACGCAAUUAGACUGCUUGCAGCAGGUCAGUGGCCCGACCUCUUGUCGGAGCAAGAAUCUGUUGCCCUCGGAUCCAUGCUGGGCCACAGUAUGAAUGAGUUGGAUGUAACGCUUCGCGCCAUUUUGAAAUCGUUGAAAGAGGAGGGUGUUAUCGACACCCACCAAUCGAAUGUUGACACCCUCCGUCAAGCAGCAAAGAAUGCAACACGUGAUCUUGAAAAUCUCGAGGAGUCGGGGGGAGUUUCCUUGUCCCAUGACUGGAAACCGCCUGGCAUGGAGUUGUUCCAGUGCGUCACGACGGUGAAGUACUCUUGCCUCGGGAUUGCCGCCGCCGUCGGAGUUGCCUGCAAGAGUGAAGCUGCAACAGGACUUUUUGGAUCAGAAGCUAAAUCCUUGCUCGCGAAACUUGAUUCGUUGGGAUCAGAGGCGAGCCAAAUUUGCCUACGCUUGGCUUUUCUUGACGUCCAGAAAGGAGACGAGAUUUCACGGUACUUGGCUCAAGGCAGCAAGUUGCGUGACGCGUGUAACGAGCUCCAAGCUCGCGUCCGAACAUCUUUCCUCGAGGCUGAUCGCAUUUCCGUGGCUGAUAUCAGAGGUUGUGCUGCCGAUGCCGAAGCAGCAGCCAAGUUGUUGUCCCAGUUUUCAACUGUGUUGCGAGCUGCUAAACUGAACUCGGAGGAAGUUGGAUGUUAUCACCCGUUGUCCCCAGAAGCGAGGGAUAGCUGGUAUGGCCUGUCGCGGUUGGCAAGGAGCGUUCGUACAGUCGAUGGUGACGAGGACGAUGUCAACUUCCUAAUGCGCGCCAGAUCCAUCGAACAUCGCUUGUCAGAAGCCGUGGCCAAUGAACCGAAACUGUCUCUGGCAAAUUCGAAGGUGACUAGUCUAGAAAAGAGUCUCGCAACCAGGUCGAAGGAAAUUGCCAUGCAAAAUGCACGCCUGUCUGAGCUGGAGAAGUUGCUUACCAAGUCAAGCGCCAAACCUUCGCCUGCUAAGAUCACCAGUGUUGCUAAAUCAACAGAGGAACUGAACAGUUUGCGAGAAGAAAAUCGCGUGCUCAUGGAAGCCAUGGACGUGUUGCAAGAGCAAGUCGCUGGUUAUGAGAGUGAGAUUAGAAUGUUGAAUACGAUGAAGUCUCCAAAGCGACACGGAAGUGGAAAACCUGAGGCGCGCCGCAAGUCGUCCGUGGAAGUGAAGAGUCUUGGUUCAAUUGGUAAGCGCCAAGCGUCGCAAACAAACCUUGGUGCAGAAAUGACAUCUCUAGCAUCAGUUGGAGUUCUCGAAGCUGCGUUGUUCCGGCCUGCGCUUUCGGAUGCCCUUCGCGAUGCUGCGAAAUGGAAGAACGCAGCUCUGGGCAAAGCGUUCAUGGAACUUCCGCCACUCUCCAUUCCCAUUGCCCCUCUCGACAGCCAGGAAGAGAGCAAAGAAGAGUGCUUCCGAGACGACGCCAUGGAAGGCUUAUCUCGAUUGAACGCGGCGAUGAAUUCAUUCCGAAUGGAACAGGCAACUGCAAGGGUGGUCGACCUGAAGGACGGCAGCCGUAGCGCAAGAGCUCAACUCCGUGCAUCCAAGGCAAGGCACAAGCUAGUAAGCGAAGAACUCAGUGCCGCUGCUGCAAGCGCACGCCGAUUCUUGCUUUGA